AUGGCCUCCGCAGACAUGCACGAACCCACAGCGCCAGCCUCUGUAGAAUCCAGGCGACAACACGACACUGGCUUCCCCGAACCUUUUAAUGGCGUCUCCAACACAACCUUGCCACAUCCCGAGGCCGAUCUCUCACCCAACGCCUUCAUCUCCCAAGACGACCUCACCGCAGGCAAAAUCGGCAAGCGACGCUCUAUUCGACACAGGCACAAGCGAACCAUCAGCCACGGCCGCAUCACGCCCCAGAUGGAGGCCAAGUACCACAUCGACCCGUUGCUCGAAGAGGACGAAGAUGCGCCCGACUCGAUGAUGGACGGCACGGACGGUCUUCGAUCACGGUCGGGCUCUAGCAUCCACCCGAUGGCGCCCGUCAUGAGCAUUUCCACCGGCCGCCCAAGCACAAGCCGCGACGGUGACAGCGUCUUCUCGCACGGCGCCGGCGACUCGUCUCCCACCAUGUCCGAGGGUUCACACAGACCCAGCUUCAUGCGGAGGAAGCUGCGAUUCCUCCAGUAG